UUUGCCAUUUUACCAUGCAGAGAGUAAAUUACAGUGUCACAAUACCUAAAAAGAAAUCAGACUAAUCUUAUUGAUGUAUCCAACGGUAUUCACGUUGUAGUGUCUAUGAGCUCCAAUAUCUGUAUAGCAUCAGGUGGAAUGUGAAGUCAUUUUCCCACCAUAACAAUUAAAAUUUAUGGUGAAUGAAUAUUGAAGUCAGAACUGUGGGUCUCAUUAAGUGAAACUCCGGAUCGAUGUGCGUGAGCGAAAUAAUAUAAUAUUACACGCCCAUCGUCAUUUUACGGGUCACUCAGUCAGUCUCGUAGUGAACCGACUGGCGCGACGCAGUGAAAAAUGAGCCUCUACCAUUAAUGUUUCAAAACAAGUUUAUACUAACAUGUGGGUAGAUGUGAGUGGGCGCGAAAAGCACAACUACAUGACGCAGACAAAUGGAUGUUUUAUACCGGGAUACACUGGUCACUGCCCCAUGUUGAAGUUUCGUUACGGAAAAUGCUACGGUGAUAAUACGCGACAAAUUCUACGUGAAAUUCGAACCAAAGGACUUUUCAAUAAACCAUUCCAAUACCGCACCGGCGACCAUUACGAGUUGAACCAAUUACCGCGACACGACGCUCCGCAACGAGAUACCUACGACGGAAUAGGAAACCGUCAAACCUCACACGUGACUGGAUACACUGGAUACGUACCCGGAAUGAAUUUUACUUACGGCAAGUCAUAUGGACGAACAGCGGACGAUUGCAUGGAAAACUUCGUGGACAACCAACGUGAAUUACGUCGUAAAACUGAUUUAAACAGAAGCUAUAUUAGAUCGAGAAGUGCACCGAAAAUGGAAACUGUACAUUCUAGGGACGAAAUACGGAGGGAUCUCAGUAGAUUCCGGGAGAUUAAUAAAUAUAAAGAAAACACAAUAUCGCCUGAGUUUCCACCAAUAGCUGGCUACACGGGCCAUAUACCACGCAUCAAGGGAUCGGAAGCAUCGUUGAGCCAAAGAUACCAUUGCGCUGCCAAACGGGGCCUUGAACUUAUUAGACAGGAACGAGACACAAGAAAGGAACUCAUAAACGCCGACACGAAAAUUAGAACUAUACUCAAAGAUCAUGAUGAUAAAAAAUAUUCAUACUGGAACUGGGGAUAGCAUACGGGAAGAAGAAUGUUCUUUACGAAACGUAGGUGAACGUUCUUCUGUGACCAAACUUUUAAAACAUCCCGACUUCGAACCAUUCCUCGUAAUUAAAAUCAAUUAUUUAAUGUAGCCCGAAGUUUGAAUUUAAAACACAUGGAAAAUUAAACCUUACAACAAUCACGAUACGGUCUAUUACAAAAUUUUAAUGAGCAAAAUAUAGAUUAUCAUUGCCACGGCAUUUCGUUGUUCCUGCGAUUGUAUUAGUGUGGAAUGCUUAACGACGACAAGAUCUUCCACCAAGCGGGUGAUAAUUUUUUUUUCCUACCUAAGCUGAUAGCCUUGAGAGGCUACUUCAGCGGAACCUUAACUAGUAGGUGAGCUAGGGCUCAAACCUGAGAACAUUGCUAACACGAACCCUAGCAAGAGCCGUGCUUCGCAGAAUCUACCACCGGAUCGGAAAAGCGACCCACUGAGAAGAUCAGGCGAGAAACUCAGUGGGCUGUGUCUGAGGGUUAAUUUACUCGCGGAGCCCUUCGUCGCAAGCGACGGGUUACCUAAAAGCACCGUUAGUGGAUCGGGAGGAUCCGAAAUGACGUGUUUGGGGCGACGUCGACUACUUUCCAUUCUUUCCGCAGGAUCGGGAAUGUAGUUACCGGCAGCCACGAUGAGAGGGUUCUCAUAUCGUGCCGCUUUAUCGAAGUGGCGGGUGAUAUUGCUCAGUAGAACUUAUAUGCAAGAUUAUCUUGAAAAUGUCGUCAACGAGAUUCACGCAUCUGUCAAAUAUCUUGUGUUCUACGUUGGCUACAGCCACAAUAGGAAUUUUUUAACAAAGUACUGUAUUGAUAGUUGAAAUCUCAUCAAUAUUGAAGAAAAUGGUCACACACGUCACAAGCACAAUAAAAAAACAAAUGGAUGAAGCGGGUUUGUGAAUUUCACAUUCAGUAUUUUCAAGAUCACGAAAAUAUUUGUAAUAUUGAGUACAAAGUGAUGGCAAAUGCAAAGGUACUUUAAGGGGAUAUAGGUUAAGAAAAUUAAGAGUAUGCGAGGCAUUCAAAAAGUAUUUUAAAGAUACUUCCAAUUUGUAAAUGCCUUCAAGUUACGAAUGUUCUAGAAAUAAAUAUACAUUGUUUUAUAAA